CAGGCUGGAGGCUCCCACCCGCUGGGCUCUGGCGGCUGGACCGGCUGCCGUCCUUGGAUUUCCUAACCCGGCGGGUGACAUCACAGCCCAGAAAUGCCUGGUUUCCCAGCAGAUCGCUUGGCUUUCCUAAAACAAUGCUCAGCGAGGCCAGUUUGUUUAGCUUCCCCCUCCCGCGUGUCCUUGGAGAGAGAGGCUGCUGUCAGUGGCCGGAAAGUGCCCCGAUCUGUCCCUGGCCCUUCCGAUUCCCUGGAGGGGCCGAGUCCGCAGCAGCCCUGUGUGCCCUCUCACCCCCGCGCAGAGCUGGCGAGCCUGGGGUUUUUGGAGAGCGGCUCUGGCCCCGGCCGGCUGAGGCACCUGGAGGACGUCACGGACGUGGUGAGGAGGGAUGUGGAGGACUGGGGCCCGUUCGAUCUCGUGUACGGCGCGACGCCUCCCCUGGGCCACACCUGCUACCGUCCCCCCGGCUGGUUCCUGUUCCAGUUCUGCCGGCUCCUGCAGUACGCGAGGCCCCCGCCGGGCAGCCCGAGGCCCUUCUUCUGGAUGUUCGUGGACAACCUGGUGCUGAGCCAGGAAGAUGUGGCCGCGGCCGCUCGGUUCCUGGAGACGGAGCCAGUGACCGUCCCGGAUGUCCGUGGCGGGACCCUCCAGGACGCCGUGCGGGUGUGGAGCAACGUCCCGGCCGUGCGGAGUCCCAGGCUCUUCCUGCUGCUCAGCAGCCUGCAAGCGGGAGUUGCAUAUAUUCAAGAGAAAGAAGUCAGGGCCAUGGUGGGCAGCAACGUGGAGCUCGGCUGCGUGAGCCCGGAAGAAGGCAGUUUUGAUUUGAACGACCUGUUCGUCUACUGGCAAAUCAGCGAGCGGAACACCGUGGUGACCUACUACCUCCCCCAGAACAGCUCCACCACCCACGUGGACAGCCACUACCGCAGCCGGGCCUGGCUGUCGCUGGACAGCAUGAGGCGCGGUGACUUCUCCCUGCACCUGUUCAACGUCACGCCCCAGGACGGGCAGAAGUUUCACUGCCUGGUGUUCAGGAAAUCCUUAGAGAUGAAACAGGUUCUGCAAACCGUGGUCACGCUGCACGUGGCAGCGAACUACAGCAUGCCCGUGGUGAGCACCCCCAGUGGCCCCCUGCAGGACGAGCUCACCUUCACGUGCACGUCCACCAAUGGCUACCCGAGACCCAACGUGUACUGGAUCAACAAGACGGACAACAGCCUGCUGGACGCGGCCCUGCAGAACAGCACCGUCUCCUUGAACGACAGGGGCCUGUACGACGUGGUCAGUGUCCUGAGAAUUGGGUGGACCCCCAACGUGAACGUGGGGUGCUGCAUAGAGAACGUGCUCCUGCACCAGAACCUGACGGUCAGCAGCCAGGCAGAAGCUUUCACGGGGACCCAAGACAAGAUCAUAGAGAAGUCAGGCCUUACCCCCCAGGAGCAAACCACCAUUCUCUACGUCGUGGCCGGCUGCGUGGCGGUGGCGGUGGUGGCCGCAGGCUGGAUGUGCUGGAAGAAGAGGUGCCCCCAGGGACACUACGCAGGUGCCCAGGCUGCAAGGCCGGAGCCGGAGCUGGCGGGUGAGUCUGCCCGGACGCCACGGGGCCCGGGCCGGCCGGGCCACUGCCCGUCUCAGACCUGCGCAGACCCUUCCGACGGCCUCGGCUUCCCCUCACGGCGGUCACCAGACGCACGGUGAAGCCCUCCUCGGUGCGCACGGCGUGUCCGCCCGCGUCCGGGCACGGGGCCACCCCACGUGUGCGCUCGCCGGCACUGUGGGGAUUGUCCCUUUGUUGUCACCACGUUCAUCUCCCUGCCUCCAAGGUGACGAGGAGGACCUUCUCAUGUCCUCUCUCUCCCCGCUUCCCUUCCGAGACCGCGCGUGACGGGCAGGCGCCACCAAGGACGCGGACAGGGCCGCCGGGACGUGCCAGCCGGGGACGCCAGGCGGCAGUUUGAGAACGGACUCGCCCUGCUGUUGGCGCAGGUGCCACCGGCGAGGACAGGAGCCUCCCCGCCCAGAGGGGAGACCACAGCCGGACCCUGGGAGAACGAACGCGCUAGUCCCGGAGCGAGGCCCUUCCCUGCACGGCGGCGGCAGCUCCGAGACCAUUGCUCCUGGGGGCGCCGGCCCCACCCUUGCUGCCAGCUCCGACGGGAAGGGCUCGGGGGUGGCCCGUCCCCGCCAGGAGCCCCCAAAGCUGGUGUGUGACUUGGCGCCAGGCUCGUCUAGACACCGAGUGGAUGCAGUUGGAGUCGGAAGGCGGCGGGUCCGGUUUGAGGAGGAGGAGAGCGGCGCCCACUGCCCCCCAGGGCCUGCGUGUGGGGGGCGCCCGGGUGUCUGCAGCGAGAACAGAAACGAGGAACCAAUGAGGCCCAGAGGGCAGGCCUCGGGUCCCGGCACUUGCCGCAAGACAUCGUCUUUCUAUAAGAAAGCCCCACGUGGGCUUUUAGAUGAGCCCGACGAGGGACACACCCACAGUUUUAACGUGAAAGCAUUAGAAGGCGUGUGCCCUCUGUGAGAGAGCAGCCGCUGUCGCCACCGGUCAUGAAUUGGCAUCUGCAGCAACGGAGCACGAGGAGCUGCUUGGGGCGCCGGAGCUGGGGUGGGGACUGGGGGUUUGUUCUGAGCCAAAUAUGUGGGGCCGUGGCCCGGGCAGCCACGCCCAAGGGUCCUCGAGCAAGUGGACUCGCCGUGGCUGGGUCACAGUCUGGUUUUAUGCAUUUAGGGAAACAGGGGCUACAGCCACAGCCACAAAUCAAUGCGUGGAAGACGUACGUUGGUUUGGCCCCAAAAAGGCAGGACCGUUCGAAGCAGUGCAAUACGGGUGAUAGGUGGGUUUAAAGAUUCUUCGAGUUGUAGUUGGCUAAAGAAAUGAGGCUUUGUCUAAAGGCUUGUAAUGUUUUAAGUUAAGGAAGUCUGUUAAUCAGAGACCAGCCAUCCAACAGACUCGAGUGAUCUGUUAAGUAAACUGAUGACAUGCAGGUGUGGUCUGAGCUUGUCUUGCAUGGCCUUACCUUGAAAAUGAGUCACAAAGGACAUCUCCAAGAAGGGCGGGGCAUGACGAGGUCCGACCUCCCUUCUCGGGGCCAGCAGCUCAGCUUUAGGGUGUUUCUGGGGUCCCCUUGGCCAAGAGGGGGUCCAUUCAGUCAGCUGGGGGGCUUACGUUUUGUUUAGGGGCCGCCCAUCAGCUGGGCUGGGCUUCGCUUCUGGGGGCAGGAGUCUGGGCUUCGGGAAUGUCUUUCCGGGAGUCUCAGUCUCAGGUUUGGAAAAGGGCUGGGCUGGCACGUUACGUAGAUGGCAAGGGACCUCCCACUCUCCUGGGACAAAGGCGGGUGCCACACUUUGGUGUUGCCCCGAGUGACUGCCCCCACACCUGGGGGAGGAGGAAGCCCGGCCAAUCUGCAGAGGAACGCUGGCAGUUCCCCAGCCCUGGGCCAGGCCGCACAGGCACAGUAGGGCUGGAAAGUGACCUAGAGUGACCUAAGGUAAUUAUCAUGUCACUAACUGUCCAUGAGAGUGGUUCUGUGGUGAUGCCUGAACCAGCAGGAGGCCAGGCAGGGACCCGUUCACCCUCGUGUCUCGCUCUGGCUCUGUGAGCCCGUCGCGCUCAUGGUUCCACGCUUGCCCGGCUGUCGGUGCGUCUGGUCAUUUUCCGCCAAGAGCACACCGAGAACCGCAAACAGACAACUAAGACCCCACAGUUACUCUGACAAGGAGAACAUUUCGGAGAUUGCACCUGAACCCGAGGAGCUGGGUCCUCCUCCCCCUCCUGCCCUCUGCCCUCUGGUUGGGAGGGGGUGAGAGGGAGAGAGAGGGAGGGAGGAGAGGAUGGGUGUCCCCCGUCCCCUCACUCACUUGCCUGAGUCUGUUCGGCUCUGUGGCUGGUGGGUGUCCCCUUCCAUCCUCUGUCCUGGCAGCUGGCGCAUGGGGGCCAGCAGCCUGAAGUCCCAGCUCACGGACCCUAACAACACUGUUGGCAGCUCGGGCCUGCAGCGGGACCCCACAGCUGCCCAGCCAGAGUGACCCCAGCCCACUCACUCCACAGGGGCGAGAUCGUCCGGCUGCGACUCCCUUGGCCCCGCACACUGCGGGGAUUGCCAGGACAGCCCAACUCGCGUUGGAUAGGCCCGGCCUGGGAGCCGUGAGCAAAGUGCCUCCCGUAGCCCUGACCCUGAGACCCGGGACCCCAGGCUGGGAAACAGCAGACGCGCAGUUUUGCAGCCGGUCGUGAGCUGGCUGGAGCUUACACAUGGCCGGUGCAGGAGGGAGGAGUAGUUACCACGGGGACUGAGCACACAAGCCAGGGUGGCCGGGUCUGCUGUCACGGAGAAUUGCACCAGCCCACUGUCGCUCCUGUGGGAAAGUCCUACUGUGGGAAAGCUCCGUGAGAGCCCUCUGUCCAAAGUUUCCUCGGGACAAACUGGCCAAGGGCAUCUUCCUUCAUAAACAGCCCUUUAUCUGCAAAAUCCACGCAUGAACUUUUGGUGUCUUUUUUUAAUGACUGUUGGGUGACUGCUUUCCAAAGGCCCCCACCUUGGACACCAACACUCCAUGGCAGCCCUGCGCUGUUUCCCCCAGGGAACCCCCGGAGUGUGCGUUAUUUUCUCCAGAAACAGCCCGCAGCUCCUGAACAUGCGGCUUUUAUGAUUGUAAUCACAGCAACCUCUGAUCAGGGAAUUUCCAACCGUUGGUUUAAAAGAAAGUUUUCUUAACGGUCUCUAUUUUUAACACUCUCAGCUGAAGCUCCUGAGUUUGCCUGUGUGAGGUCCAAGGUCCAGAAGUCUCCUUCUCAUGAAACUGCUUUGCUGAAGCACUGGGUGCUGCUCUGGGUGGCUUUCAUUCAUUCAUUCACUCAUUCAUUCAUUCCACAUUCCUUCAUUUUCCCGCCCAACAUCCACUCGACCAACAUCCACUUGCUCAUGCAGUCGUCACGUCUAGUCGGUCCCCCUAUUCGGGGGCGAGGAGGUGGCAGGUGAUGGGAUGGCCUGGCUGAUAAACUAUCAACACGGAGAAAAAAGAGGAAUAAACUCACAGCACAUAAUUGCCCCUUUGAAGGGAAAGAUCACGGUGCAACCGUUCCUUGUUUGAUUGACGGCCUGCGAAGUUUGUUUUCACAGCCUCGAAGAUCCCUGAAAGACAGUAGGGGUGCCAUCUCCCAGCCUCAGUUCCCACCAGAACCACAUUCCAAAGACCUUGACAAGCGGCGAACUUUUCUCUCUUUACCCGCUUGUGCUUGGGCUGACACUUUUCUUUCUCUUAUGUGGAGCCCUUCCCACCUUUGGGGAGUAAAAUAAACUUCCUUUCUUUAAAAUUGUUCUGUGGCUGGGUGCCGUGGCUCACGCCUGUGAUCCCAGCACUCUGGGAGGC